UAUACAGUUUUCUUUCUCUGCUGUGCCAAAUACAAUAUUCAUUAUACGUUUAAGUGUGAGCGUGGGAAAAGUGUAUCACAGGGGAACCGACGUGAACUAUCUUGACGGAAUCUUUUUCUUUGGGAGCCAAGAAGUAAGGUGAACCGGAACAAGAGAGCUUCAUCUUGGGUUUACGUAAUUAUUGAUUUUUGUUUUCCUUUAGAUACUUACUAUCUUACUUACAUAAAGUCAAUGUAUGUCUAUUUUUUAUUAAAUAAAAAAUUUAAAUUAGUAAAAACUAAAAGUAGCUUAAACAUUUGCUCGUGCUUCUCAUUGGCCAGUGACCCGGAAGUUAUUAAAUUGAUUUUCGGGAGCGCGAAAACCAGAGUUAAAAGUUUUCGCCUUUUUUUAGGACUGGUGCUAUCAAUAACCGUGUCAAUACGCUAGUCGUUGUGGUCUUUGUUAGAUUUGUAUUCAAAAUGUGCGAGAAGAUGAAUAAUGUGAACAGCUGGCUCAGCACAGUGUACGGCGAUCAGCCGGUGCCACACUUUGAGGUCAACACGAGGACGGUGGACAUCCUGUACCAGCUGGCACAGUCCAGUGAAGCCCGCUGCAGUGACACGGCUCUUCUCACAGAAGACCUCAGGCAGAAAGCAUCCGAGUAUCAGUGCGAGGGUGCUCAUUACCGCGAUGUUCUCCUGCAAGGCGUAGGUCUGUCCUGUGCAAGCUUGUCAAAGCCCGCUGAUGACUAUUUGUCUGCUUUAGUGGACACGGCCAUGGUGCUUGGAGUCAGAGACACAUCACUGGGCAGCUUCAUGCCGGCGGUGAACAACCUCACCAACACGCUGCUGGAAGAAGAGAAGUCAAACAGGCGACUCGAGAGGGAACUCCGGGCCUUAAGAAGCCGACUCGGUGCUACUCUGGUGAUGCGGAGCAACUUGCAAGAGGACAUAAACAAAACGGUCAAGUCUCAGUCAGUGGAGAGCGCGAAGGCGGAGGAGAGAAUGCUCAACAUGGAUUUUGUUACGGCAAAGGCAAAAGAGCUCAGCACGAGGCGGGAGAGGGCGGACGCUCAACUCGUAUCCCGGAACAUGGACAAAUCUAUCACCCACCCGGCUAUUGUGCAGCUCUCUGAGGAAGUAACCACGUUGAAACAAGAAAUAAUCCCCAUGAAAAAGAAACUGGAGCCUUACAUGGACUUAAGCCCAAACCCAUCUCUUGCUCGAGUGAAAAUAGAAGAGGCCAAAAGAGAGUUGGUGAGUAUCUUUGUAGUUUAUUCAUUGACGGAUGAGAUGUGGUUGCUUAACUGUUUAUUUGAAUGUUUCCUUAAUUACAGGCCGCCAUUUGUUCUCAACUUGAGAUGAAUAUGGAUUUCAAGUGAAAAUGUUUGUCAUGUAGAUUUUGAGCUGUUCAUUUCUGUGUUUUGGAAAGAUAAUAAAGUGAAUGUUUAUGUCU